UUUCUAAUUUCAGUUGUUAAUAGUGAAGCACAGAACUAUGAAGGUAUAGCCAAGGGACGUAUAAUAUUAUUGAUAGAUAGUUUCCCAAUUGGCACAAAUACGACUCUACGAAGGGAAGUAGAGUUGCAACUGACAAUAAAAAUUACACCAAAGCCACCCCGGCACAAAAGAAUUCUGUGGGAUCAAUUUCAUAGUCUAAGAUAUCCACCAGGCUAUAUACCAAGAGACAAUUUAAAGAUUAAAACUGAUCCGCUCGAUUGGAGGGCAGAUCACAUUCAUACAAAUUUCCGUGACACAUAUAUUCAUUUGAGAAACUCUGGUUAUUAUAUCGACGUGUUAAGAGAACCGUAUACUUGCUUUAACCCCAAUGAAUAUGGAGUUUUAUUAAUCGUAGACCCUGAAGAAGAAUUCUAUGACGAAGAGAUAUCCUGUCUCGAAAAUUAUGUUUACGAAAAUGGCUUAAGUGUUAUUAUAUUUGCGGAUUGGUAUAAUACAACGGUAAUGAGACACAUUAAAUUUUUUGAUGAGAACAGUAGACAAUGGUGGAUACCUGAUACUGGUGGGGCUAAUAUUCCAGCCCUAAACGAUCUUUUGAGACCUUUUGAUAUAUCUUUCGGUGACUUUGUUGGUGAAGGGCACUUCAAAUUGGGAGACCAUUCAAUGUAUUAUGCAAGUGGAGCAACGCUUAAAACAUUUCCAAAUAAUCGAGAUGAUGUAGUUAUUGGAACCAAUUUAAAUGAUCAAGGCGCAUCGAUUAUUACAAACGGAAAAUCGCAAAAUAUUUAUGCGAAACAAUUUUUACCUAUAAUGGGAUUAUUUCAAACUAAUUCCAAUGGUCGGUUCCUUAAUAAAACGAAGAAUCGAAGGGACCCUCCAGCUAACGAAAGCAUUAAGGACUGGGAUGUUCCAUUUAAUCAUUCAAUUUUAGAAAAUCGAAAUUUGUUCAGUGCGACCGUCACAGGUCGUAUUGCAGUCUUUGGCGAUUCCAAUUGCUUAGAUUCCUCGCACAUGGAGAAAGCAUGCUUCUGGCUUUUGACAACCAUAUUGGAUUUUGCGAUGAAUUCUCAUAAAUCAAUGUUAUUAGACAAUUUGAAUCGAAUUUCAGAGUUUAGGGAAAUGAAGGAAACGGCUUUACCUAUCAGAAUGCCAGGUAGUAAUUUAAAAAAGUUUUCAUUGGUGGUCAGACAUAAGAAGAAGUUUAUAUUGCAAUGCGAAAAACUGGAUUGGAUAGUGGCAACAACGUUAGCCAUUAGCCCAACGUUAGAACUGGAUGUCGAUAGAAUCGAAGGAAAUCAAAAUAAUAAUAUUAUUGCUAACUUGAAUACUGAGCUUGCCAAAAUAACUUGGAAUAAUGAUAAAUACGUUUCGGACCAAAUCGACAAUAAUAUUAAGAUAUCCGUUUUAUUUAUGAUAACACUCAGCUUAACUGUUAUUAUUGUUUUUAUAUUAUUCUUAAAAGGAAAAAUAGGAUUUAGUUCUUUUAAAUAA